AAUCAUUUAGCUUUUUACACAUAACACCCAAACGCCAUAUUGCAUGCCACCGUACUAUACUAAUCGCUUCGCUGUAACCGCCCUUCGUCCCCACACAGUCCAGAUUGAUUGAGCGGUUUCUGACGGAAUCGAGAUCUUUAACGUUGACCGGGAUGGCGUCACCGGCACAUGUAGCGUCAGCACCGCUGAACAAGGUCGAGAGAGGUCACCAGUUGUACAGAGAGGGACGGUACUCCGAGGCGUUACUGUUCUAUACGGAGGCGCUUUCGAUGGCCAAAGCUAAACCGCAGAAGAUCGCUUUGCAUAGUAAUAGAGCCGCUUGUUUCUUGAAACUUCACGAUUUCGAGAAGGCAGCCGAAGAAUGUACCUCAGUGCUUGAGCUUGAUCAUGAUCACACUGGAGCACUGAUGCUGCGAGCACAGACCCUGGUAACUUUAAAGGAGUAUCACUCAGCACUUUUUGAUGUCAACAGGCUCAUUGAGUUGAAUCCAUCAUCAGAAGUUUAUCAAAACCUCCAAGCUCGUUUAAAGACACAGCUGUCACUUGCUCCAAUACCUGAAUCUGAAGCAGAGUUGGAAGAAGAGGAAGAGAUACAUGAAGUAGAGUUGGAACAAGAGCAUGAGAUAAGUGAAGGAGAUCCAUUUACAGUUGCAGAAGAAGAGGAAAAAUAUAAUGAAAAAGAUAAUGCAGCUGUUUCACUUGUAGUGAAGGGUCUGAAAGGUGAACAAGAAUUUGUUAUCCCUAGAAGAAGUCCAGGCAUCAAGGAAUCUUCUGAAGUGAAAAGAGAUCAGAAAGCUGAGCCUGAAAAAGCUAAUGAUUUACAAAACAAAGGCAAGGAAUCCUCCACACAAGAUUCAAAAGGAUGGCAAACAAUCCCAAAACCUAAGGGACACUCAACUCUGGACUAUGCAAGGUGGGACAGAGUAGAAGAUGACUCUAGUGAAGAAGAUGAUGACGACGACGACGACGAUGAAGAUUGUCAGUAUCGAUUCCGUGUCAGAACUGUGGGUGUGCGCCAAGUAAAGUGAAAGGGCAAAAUGUUCGUGAUACACAAUUGUGAAUUUGGUCCCUUUCAUAACUACAAAGAUAAGUCAGUCUGGUAACAAGAUCAGAAAUGCAGUUGAAAAAGCUCUAAUGUUCCAUAUCGUGCGAAUAAAAGCUGGGAUCAAGUAACCAUCUUUGACAUGUAUGUGAGCCUGUCCAUGGUUAAUCAGAUCGUUACAGGAACUAUGUUUUGGGAGCAAGUGACUGUAGCCUGUCCAGGGUUGAUCAGAUUGUUACGAGAAGUUCAAGAACUAUGUCAAGGAAAGGAUACUCUGCAGUUCUAUUAAUUUAUGCUUGCUGCCUAAAGUAUUGAGUGAUGGAACUGCCCACUAACAUGAAAUUCGUUCAUUAAUUCACUACUGCUUCAGGUCUUGCUAAUUAAUCUAAGUUAAUGUAAUUGGAUCCCUGCACUUGUGGAUGAUACUGAAACUUGAAACUGUGUCUUUUGAACCUUGAGAAUUUUAGCAAAGAUCUGGAAACUGCAGUCUUAUUGCAUUAUUGUAUUUAUUCAUUUGUUGGCACUUCAUAAUACAAAGACUUAUAAUUGUGUUGUUUUC